AUGGCGUCCUGUAAUGAUUACACAGUCGGGUGGGUUUGCACACUGCCUAUAGAGGUCGCCGCAGCAAAAGCAACCCUUGAUCGCGUCUAUAACAACUCUCCCUUGAACAGGAAUCUAGACGAUAACAACAGCUAUGUUCUGGGAAGUCUCCAAGGCCACAAUGCUGUUAUAGCGUAUCCAGAUACCAGGGCGUGUGGUAAAACAUCAGUGGCCGACGUGACCAAACAGUUACAUGCAAGCUACACAUCUAUCCAACUUAACCUUAUGGUUGGCAUUGCCAGAGGAGUGCCAGAUACAAAGGAGGAUAUCCGUCUUGGUGAUGUUGUUGUCAGCAAGUCAACAGCUGGGGCCCCAGGUGUCGCCCAGUAUGACGUGGACGGGGGGAAGCGAACGGAAGACUGGUAUAUUGGCAGCAGAGGUUUAGAUCUACCGACACCACUGCUCCUUACAGCUAUGGGCAAGGCCGAAACAGCCGCCAUUUUUGAUGAAAGCAAGAUGUCCCAGUACAUCUCUGAGAUCGUGCAGAAAGACCCCGUCACCUUUGCCCGUCCUGGCCCAGAGCAAGAUACACGCCUGGAGCCGAAUUACGAUCAUACAACCGUCGAAUCUGAAGGAAGCGGAUACAGUCACUGCGAUCCAGACAGGGUCCGGUCCCAGCAGCAUCGGGAGGCACAGGGCCCCGUAGUUCAUUAUGGCCUGAUUGCUUCCAGCCCACCACUAUCUGACGCGCCAUAG